AUGGACGCUCGGUUCUCUGAUGCCGCCGCCGCCGCUGCCGUUCCUGGCAGGCAGCAGCAUGAUUGGAUGCGAUUGAUAGCCGUCCGGGAAAAGGAACACAACAGUAUUUCUAUUUAUUUAUCAUUAGGCAGCGGUAGAAACUUCUCGCCCGCAUUUGCUAGUCUCUACCUUAAUGCUUCCGUGUGGCGAAGCAAUCCGCAGCCCACACCGCCUCUUUCCGCUGAGCCACCACCGCCGCCGGUGGUUGCUAUCUGGCACGGUAAAUACUCGGUACUAACGGUUGAUCUUUUUUCUUCCUUUUCCCGUUUGCAGGAUCGACACGUGAAAAAGAACGGCGACGGUCAGCCACUGGUGGACUCGUCCCAGGACUACGUCCUGCUGCUAGGCUAUGAGAAUCAGACGCACACGGUGCUGCGGUUCAAGCGGAAGUUGGACACCUGUGACGUGGCGUACGAUGUGCCGAUAACGAACGACACAAUGCGCGUGAUCUACAUGUACCACGACGAGGAACCGCACGGGUCCUCGUAUACCCCGGGGAGCCUGCCGGAUCCGGCGGAGGCCUUCAAGCAGGCACGUUCACUGUUCCUGACGCAGCGCGUCAAUCAGGCCCCAAUCAAGCUCGACGCCCGGAUGAAGAUCAUGGAGCUGCGCAAUCAGGAUGUCGAACUGCCGCGGGCCGACAACACCCUGCACUGGUGCAAAAUGUUCAAGCUGAGCGAUAUCAAUCGUAAACAUCAUCUGAUUAGGUACGAACCGGUCUUCGAUUCGGCUUCCAGUGUGCCGUACCUGAAUCAUAUCAUUCUGCACGAGUGCCAAGGCUCAUCGCCAGAGCUGGAAAUCAUGUCCCGGGAGAACGGACGACCUUGCUACCAGGCUGACCGAUCGAUACUGACGUGCAAUUCGAUCGUGGCCGCCUGGACCCGGGGAUCGGAGGGUUUUUCGUUUCCAACCGAGGCCGGUUAUCCGCUGGAUUCGAAUCAGGCGCGUUUCUAUUUGAUGGAGACGCACUACAGCAGCAGUGUAGAGUUUGGCGAAAGUAACACAAACUCCGUCAAAAGCAAGGUGAUGGUGGACAAUUCUGGACUGAAAAUAUACUAUACGAGUGCGUUGCGAAACCAUGAUGCAGGAGUGCUGUCCGUAGGAAUGGAUCCAAAUUGGAGGCACAUCAUUCCACCCGGGCAGGAGCACGUCGUUUCCGAGGGACACUGCGUUGGCGAAUGUACCCAGCGAGCUUUCCCAAGAGAUGGAAUCAAUAUAUUCGCUGUUAUGAUGCGGACACAUCAAAUUGGACGGCAAAUUAAGCUUCGUCAAAUUCGGUAUCGGGAGGAAUUAUUACCGAUAGCGCACGACCGGAAUACGGACUAUAACUAUCAGGAGUAUCGAAGGCUGAACUCUCCCGUUCGGGUACUUCCAGGGGACCGUCUAAUUGCCGAGUGUAUCUAUGACAGCUCGGGAAGGGCUGCGAUUACGCUGGGCGGCUUGACCACCAGAGAGGAAACCUGCCUAGUGUUGACGCUUUAUUUCCCGCGGCAAAAAGAACUGACCACGUGCCACUCAUUACCGAGCCUGCCGACUGUACUGCAUUCGCUGGGAAUUAACGAACUGGUUCCCGGCUCCAAUCCGGUCCGAAUCGCGUCCCCGGCGGAACUUUCCGGCAUGACGCUCGAGACGCGACUCAUCUCUUACGACUGGCGGAACAACUUCAAAAGUUUCCAGUACGUAACGCGCAAAGGAUCCUUCAAGCCACUCUGCUGGAGUGCGAAAAAUCAACCGCUAGCGGGCACCGAAAGUCUGGACGGCUACGCCCCGAACAUCACCAAAUCGUACAAGCUGACCAAGUCGUGCAGCUUCGUGCGGCCGGUGCCCGGAACCGGCACCGGGGGACCGAGCGUGGCCAACGUGUACUUCCAGAACCGCAACCGUUACGUCACCGAGUCGGAAACGAACGUCGAUCUGCCGCUGGUCGAGGACGACGAGCUGGACGAUAACAACGUGAUAGAGGGUGCCGCCCGCAGCAAGGUGUCCCGCAGUUCGGCCACCGAGUCGAUGGGCCUGAGCGGUGCCGGCCUCGCCGGGCUCCACUGCCAGCUCGGAGCGUAUCUGCUGUUUAUCAUCUUCCUGAACUCGUUCCGGAUAGCGUAA